GAUCACGUCGCAAGAUUUUUUUCUUUGUUUAGUUUAUCUGUAUCUCGAUAUUCUCGAUCGAAGCAUUACUAUUACGAAAAAAGAAUUUUGGAGAAAUCGCUCGAUUUAUUAAUACUAAUUCUAUUCUAUUAUUUUAAUUUACACUUUUUUAAAUAAAUAGUUUCUGUUAAUUUUGCACGCAAGUGUAAAGGUUCGCACGCUGGAUGUAUUUAUAUGUUAGUGUCUUAAAAAUGGUUAAUCUCAUGAUGACGUGUAAAUAACACGUCGAUACAUGCAACGUAAUAUAUAACUAUAUGUUUGUGUAUUACUUUGCGACGUGGAUGUAGUAUGGAUACAGAUAUAUUAAGAGUGAUAUUAAGAAGUUACAGUGACGCAGAAAAUGUUGAUCAGUCUGAGAAUUAUGAAAAUAUGUCAAAGAAAACUUUGCUUUGUAUACAAUCUGACACAGUAUUGAAUGCUUUAUGUCUAUCGUUAAACAAUCUCUUAUGUUAUAAGAUAUCCAAAGAAGCUUAUCAACGUUAUUCGAUUCGAUUGUUGAUUAUUGACGUCUUACGGACGUGUUGCAGAACAACGAGCACGUUUAAACAUUUGAGGAUAUUUACAUCUAAAGAAAAUAGCUUCAAGUUUAUGAAUAUUCUUUUGGACAAAUAUCUUACAGAUGAUGUUUUGAUCAAGUGCUACUCGGAAAACAUUUUGAUAUGUUUAACUCUUUCUGUAAUACACCUGUCAGUUAAGAAUACAAUUUUUAUGCGUCAUACAGAUCGAUUACUUGUGAAACUUUUACACGUGGAAACAAAUGAUAAAAUUAAAAGACUGUUACAUAACGCUGUAUGCUCAAAUUUGCAUCUUAGACUAUCUACGAAGGAAGAAAUAUAUGCUUUACAAAAAUUUAAAUUGAUAGAAGAGCCUUUGUUCAAUAGUUUUGUGUACAUGGUUCCCACGUUAAAGAAAAGAACGCAUAUAGCUAACCGAAGUAACGAUGAGGAGAUGUUAAAUAAAUUAUUGGAGCUUGGUGCCAGAUCUGCAUAUAUUUUUCAAUUAAUGUUUAAUUUUUUAAAGGAACUGUUGGUUCAGUUGCAAUAUGCAUCUGCAGUCCUCGAUUUCACAGCGUCAAUGUUAAAGCGGAUAUCUCGUUCUUGUGAAACGUACAACAGAGAUAUAUUGGACCUUUAUCCCAGGAAACUACGUUCUUGUGUAAUUUUAUUAAGAAUAAGUCCCAAGCAUCAUACAGCACAAACACGAAAAUAUGCAUUACAAACUAUGAAACAAAUCUACAAUGAAAAUAAGGAUGUUCCGUUAAUUUUUAUGUCCCACUUUCUUGAGUGGCUUGAAUGUUUUGCAACUUAUAUCACUAAUAAUAUGCAAAGUUGACGAGAAAAAAAUAAUAUGAUAAUACUACUUUGUAUUUUAAUACAUUCUACGUAAUAUUAAUUAUUUUAUGAUUAA